AUAAAACCAACAUCUGUCCCCCUACACCACCCUUAGUUUACUGCAAAAGUAUAUUCCCGAACAACUAGAGCGCAGUUCUCUGACCUACUGAUAUUUUCGCUCUUGGACUCGACAGCCCGUGGCCAAAUCAACCAACGAGGUUGUGCUCGGGAUUUGCCGCCAUGGACGCCGAACAGCAGCACCAGCGAGCUGAGCAGACCACUGAUGAUGCAAAAGAUGGGGUUGAGCCCGAGUAUCCGCAGGGUCUACGCAUGGCAUCUAUCGUCGCAUCGCUCUUUGCCUCCAUAUUCAUCGUGGCUGUCAGCCAGACCGUCCUGGCUGCUGCGAUCCCCACAAUCACGAGCAACUUCAAAACCAACGACGAUGUCUCAUGGUACAGCACAGGCGAGCAGAUCUCCGCGGUGGCGCUGCUCCUCCCCUUCGGCAGGAUGUACGCGCUCCUGAAUAACAAAUGGGUCUACCUAUCUUCUGUGGUCGUUUACCUCGUCGGAAGCGCCGUCUGUGGUGCUGCUCCCACAUCGACAGUGUUUAUCAUCGGACGAACGAUACAAGGCGCCGGGCUGGCUGGUGUCUUUGGAGGCACGUUCAUACUGAUAGCACGGAUCACGCCUCUGAGGACACGGAGCCUCUACGCAGGCUUGUGUGGUGCCGCCUAUGCUAUUGCCGCUGUUGUCGGGCCAGUUAUCGGUGGCGCGUUCACUACAAGAGUCUCAUGGAGAUGGUGCUUCUAUUUCAACCUACCCAUUGGCGCGGUGUUCCUCGUUAUCAUCUUUGUAUUCCUACCAAGUUCCCUUGCUGUGGAUUCUCACGAAUUGAAGGACAAGCCGCUCCUCCAAAAGAUCAUGAAAUUCGAUCCGCUGGGAUCUCUCAUCUUGCUCGGCUGCUUGGUCUGCCUGGUGCUGGCUCUCCAAUGGGGAGGGGCCCAAUACGCCUGGAACAGCGGACAAGUGAUAGCUGUUCUUGUGGUUUUCGGGUGUACACUGAUUCCGUGGUUGUGGCUACAGUACAAGCAGGGCGAUGAAGCCACAGUGCCAUUCAGUCUCGUUAAACAACGAACUGUGGCCGCUUCAGUUCUGUAUUUGCUGUUCCUCAAUGGCGCUUUCGGCAUUUUCAUUUUCUAUCUGCCGAUUUGGUUCCAGUCCAUCGAUGGAGACAGUGCCGAAGGGUCCGGCAUUAAGCAGUUGGCACUCUCAAUCAGCACGGCCAUCAGCUCGAUCAUUGCCGGUGGACUAGUUGCAGUGAUUGGGUGGUACAACCCAUUUUUGAUCCUCGGCCCCAUCUUUUCAACAGCCGGGGGGGCAAUGCUCAUCAAGAUCCAGCCAGGCACAUCUACGGCUUACACUCUUGGAGCCCAGAUUUUGGGCGGAGUCGGAGUUGGAAUCGGUGCCGAGCAGGCGAAUGUCGCUGUCCAGGCCGUCCUGCCACCAGAGAAGAUAUCUAUGGGAACAAGUCUGACACUCUUCGCUCGACUUCUUGGAUUUGGCCUGGCAGUUCCAAUCGGACAGAAUUUACUACAACAGACACUUUCCGAACGCCUCGGGCCGGCGGUGGCAGGGCAGAUAUUUGGAGGCGGAGGAGUCACUGAUAUACGGGGCAAUUUGGAAAGGAUCUUUGGUGCCGGCACACCCGAGCUGCAGGACGCCCUUGAGGAUGUCAACUUCGCCUUGGUACAGACUUUCUUGGUUGGAUUGGUGAUGGCAGCAGUGUCAUUCCCGUUUUCUCUUCUCGUGGAGUGGAAGAGUGUCAAGAAAGGACCAAAGGAUAGCGAAAAAGAGGAAGGUACAGACAAAUCACGUGAAGUGGCAGAUGAGAACAUGGAGAUGGACAACAUGUCAGGCAAGAGAUGAGGGUGCCCCGGGAUGCUGCAACUCUGGGAAAGCAGGCACCAUUACACGCCUCGGUUUGAUGAUGUCCAAGUGAUCACUAUUCUGGCAUGGAGAAGACACGAGAGACGAUGGUCUACAGGUAGAGCUCAGUUUUAGGGACACGUGCAUAUUCUUCGCAUUCUGUUUGAUACACGUCCUCGGAGCUCCAGGUGUUCUUGUGCGCGUCCAAAGUUCCUCUCGAGAUAUGGUUGCCUAAUUGCGCCAUAAUUCCACCCACCCAAUAAUGCUGCAGUUGAACGAGCGAGUCUCACGGGACAAAGCUUGGUUCCGCGUUCCGAUCAGUCGCCCAUCCCAAGAUACGACCGUGACUCUCAGAGCUCGGAAGAAGGUAGCCGGUGAAAAGGCCGCGGCGCCUGGGCGGCUAGGGCCUGCAACAAUGGUACCUGCCAGGCCGGUCUAAGCGCCCCAUCUGGAUGGAAUCUCCGUGAGGCUAACCCCCACAAACAUCGAAACUACCUAGGAAAUCCCGGCACGGGCGCUAAGAUGAUUCGCCCGAAUGUGGAACCCGGCGAUGGACGAUAUUCCCGUGUACAAGAUCGUGUCCAGUUGCCGGUCGUGUCGAAUGUGACCGAGUUCUUGAGAGUAAAAGCUCGUGUUCGCUUCUAAGGUUGGGUGAAACUGCUUUCCCCGACUCAAGGAUAGGAUGGCAAACUUGGCGUCGGGGAAUGAUUCCCGGCUUGUCAAAAUUCAACCCCACAACGUUGAAUCCAGAGAUGACACCGUGACAUCCCAGAUCCUGCGGUUAGGAAGUCACCAACAUACCUGCUAGUGAUAUCCCAUGGGGUGGUUGGUGUGAGGCGAGCCAAGAGCUGUCGGUUGGUUCCAAACUGGCGUUGCAACAUUCGAAGUCGUUGUCAAUGUUGCCACCCACCACGCAGGUCUCUGGCCACAAGCGCCCGUUGAGACGCCGCAGAUGCAAGAUCUGAUCUGCCUCCCGGAGAUGGCCGCCUCAGGUUGCAUUGGGCAAAUUGUUGAUUAUUCGAUGUGUUCGGUACAGGCCCUCCCGACUCGGAAGUCGUCUUCCAAGGGUGCCUCGACGGGGCCGAAUGUGACCCCGUCUUGAUGAGUCAGCACGAGGCCAAUU